CUAUUCUCACGUUAUCAGUUAUGCGUUAUUCAUCGGAGUGUUUAAAUAUUCUGUAGUAUAAUAAGCACAGGGUAAAGCGAUGGCACUUUUUAACAGAACGGAAAUUGGGUUAAGGAAAACAGGGACAACUGUAAACGUCCCUAACGACCCAAAUGCGAGGUUGUGUACUAUUUAAACAGCAUGUGCUCGGUACUGAAACUUGAUGACAAUCCAGAUGUGAACAGAUUACGUCAAUAUCACAACUACUACAUGCUAACACAAUCAGAUACAAACCUGCUCAUCAGUCUUUGCUUAUUGUUAAAGCCGGAUGUUCUUUUGAACAAGUGCAUCUUCCAGGACGACAAUAUUUGUGGUGAUUGUAACAAUGAGUUUUUUGAUUUAGAGACAGUGAGAAAUAACUUAUUGGUCGCUGGGUCCAUAAUGAUCGGUGGACAACAGAAAAGAGUGUCAAAAAUCAUGGCAUUCAAAAUGUCAUGGCUACAACUGUAUUGGAUUGAUCCGAUGAAAACUUUACUGGAAAGACAAAAGAGGGAAGAACUACUGAGAAAGCAGAGAGAAGAAAGACAACGACGGGAAAGAGAAGAUGCAAUUAGAAGACAAAGCGAAAUAAGGCAAAGACAAGAAAGGGAAAGGGCUGCUGCUGAGUUGAGAAGACGUAAUGAAGCGCAGUACACAUAUCGACACGUGGAAAAUAGUUCGACGUUUGUCAUACUGUAAAAAAACUGACUUAUUUACGUUAUUUGCUCUAUUAAACACACACUUAUUUGACUUAGACCAACGCUUGAUUUUUGUUG